GAUACUUAGAAUUAUUUUCUUUAUUGCGAUUCAUCAUUCAGAGUUUGAUUAGUUUUUUUUUUUUCUACUAGGCAAAGUGAUAAAUUCAUUUGCGUAUUUAAUGUUAUUUUUUGUUUUACGAUAAAGAAAAAAUAUUAAAAUUCAACAAUGGCUCUAGCUGGAAAUUUUGAAGAGACAGUUAAAAAAAUUAAAAAUAUUAAACAACAAGACGUUCAUCCUGGUAUCUCAUUUCUUGAACUAGAACCUUUAACAGAUUCUUUAAAGGAAAAAGCAAAAAAUGAAUUACGAGAAACACCAGAAAUUGUUAAUGAAGCACUUGCUGAAAUUAGAAAAUUAAUUCAAGAUGAAGCUGACCUAAUAGUUCCUGAUAAUGAUUAUUUUUUAACACAAUUUUUACGUCCAUGUAAAUGGUAUGCCAAAUCAGCUUUUGCACUGAUGAAACGUUAUUUUCGUUAUUUUAAAACUCAUCCACGUCAUUGUGAUAAUUUAGUGCCAAAAAAUGAACGUGCUAUAUUUUUAUCAAGAAUUUUAACACCUUGUCCAUUUUUUGCAAAAGAUGGUAGUGGAAUACUUUUACUUCAAGGUGGUAAAAUGUGGAAUCCCCAAGAAGUAUCUGUUGAUGAAACUUUCAGAGGUGUUUUAUUAUUAAGUAACAUGUACAUUUCAAAACCAGCAAAUCAGGUUAAUGGUACUCGUUGCAUUAUUGAUUUAGAUGGUUUAACUUUGAGUCAAGUUUUAUACUUUAAACCAUCACAUGCUGCUGCUAUUGUUGAAUGGUUUCAAUCAGCAUUUCCAGGACGUUUAAAAAGUAUUGAUAUCAUCAAUCAUCCAUAUAUUUUUAAUAUGGUUUUUGCAAUUAUUAAACCAUUUUUAGGUGAAAAAUUAAGAAAUCGAAUUAUUCUUCAUGGCUAUGAUAAAGAAGCCCUAAAAUUAUGUUAUGGUCCUGAGUCAUUGCCAAAAGAAUAUGGUGGUGAAUUAGACUAUCCAUUAACUGAAUCAUUUGGUGACUCACUUUAUAAUUAUUUGUGCAAUUUCAAUGAAGAGUUUGAAGAAUUGGCUCAUUAUGGAUACUCAAAAGCAUCUUAAUUAAAAUUUAUAAUAUUUUUCUUUUUUUUCUAUAUGAUAAUUAAGAGUUCAAUAAUUAUUUUAAGGGUACAUUAUAUUAUUGCUAUUAUAAAAAUAUAAAAAAAUAAAUAAACUAUCAAAAUUAAUUACAAA